AUGCUCGGAGAUUUUUUGUUUACUUGUAAUGUUAAUGAAUUUGCUUUGGCACAUAGUGAACACGGAGCAGAUACUUAUUAUUACAUGUUUUCACAUCGCGCAUCUCAACAAACUUGGCCUGAAUGGAUGGGUAAAAUUAUAGCAAAAAAAUUUUUAUUGAAUGAAAACAUUUUAGGUGUUCUUCACGGUUAUGAAAUUAAUUUUAUUUUUGGCGAACCUUAUAAUCGAAAACAAUUUAAAUAUACAAAAGAAGAACAGGAAUUGAGUUCUCGUUUUAUGCGUUUUUGGGCAAAUUUUGCACGUACAGGCGACCCAAACCGCAAUCCAGACAAUUCUUAUAUUUCUGAUUGGCCUCCAUAUAAUUCAAAAACUAUGGAAUAUAUAAAUUUAACAAUAGAAUCAGAUUAUAUACAGAAAGGUGCUAAACGAAUAGGCACUGGGCCAAGAAGAAAACAGUGCAAUUUUUGGAAAUUUAUUCCAAAAUUAAUUUCUAUUUCUGCUGAUUUGGGAGAAUCUUUUAUUAAAUGGAAACAGCAAAUGGAUAGAUGGGAAAAUGAUUAUAUGCCAGAAUGGGAGGCAAGAAAACUUUAUUUUAAAAAAUAA